AUGCCUGGCCCCCGAGGCGUGGCCAACAUCCUCGCCAAGUCGCCCGGCGACGUCGUCAUCCUCUCGUCGGUCCGCACGCCCAUCACGCGCGCCUACAAGGGCCGCCUCAGGGACGCGUACCCGGAGGAGCUGCUGGCCUGCGUGCUCAGGCACGUGCGCGAGCGCAGCGUGCCGGGGACGGACCUGGGCCCGCUGAUCGAGGACGUGGGCGUGGGCGUGGUGCUCUCGGAGCUGGGGGGCUCCAAGGCGGCGCGCAUGGCCAUGAACCACGUCGGGUACCCGAGCUCGACGGCCCUCUUCACCGUCAACCGCGCGUGCUCGUCGUCGCUGCAGGCCGUGGCCGCCGUGGCCGGCCAGAUCCGCGGGGGGGCGGCGUCGGGGAGCAGCGUCGGCGCCGAGCAGCAGGUCACGGUCGCGAGGGACGACGGCAUCCGCGACUCCGUCUCUGUCGAGGCGCUGGCCAGGCUGAAGCCCGCGUUCAAGCCCGGCGGCGCGUCGACCGCCGGCCACCCGGGCCAGGUCUCGGACGGCGCGGCCGCGACGCUGCUUAUGAGCAGGGGCACCGCUACGCGGCUCGGCUUGUCGGAUCGCAUCAUCGGCAAGUUUGUGUCUGCCGCCGUGGUGGGCUGCGCCCCUGACGAGAUGGGCAUCGGGCCCGCCCUCGCCAUCCCCAAGCUGCUGGCGGCGCAUGGCCUGGCCGUUGGCGAUGUGGACAGGUGGGAGAUUAACGAGGCCUUUGCGAGCCAGGCGCUCUAUUGUUUGAGGGAGUUGGGACUGGAGGACGCCUGGGCCGCCGGCAGGGUGAAUCCGACCGGUGGUGCCAUUGCCUUGGGACAUCCGUUGGGGGCCACGGGCGCCAGGAUGACGAGUACCUUGAUGCACGGGAUGAGGCGGGAUGGUCAUGAUUUGGGCGUUGUGAGCAUGUGUGUUGGGACGGGCAUGGGCAUGGCCGGCCUGUUUGCGAGGGAGGAUUAA